UCAGACUGAGCGCUCUUCAUAAGUAGGCUGACACGGAUCAGGCAGCUUUAACUUUAUUGAUUUUCUUGGCUUGUAAAAUCCGAGCGGGUUUAGGGAUGAGCAGGAUUAAUAAUGUCACUGUGAGGUUUUAAACAAGACUAAAUACAGGACGAGGACGAUGGGGAUUUUUACAUCCACACCUGCGCACCCACACUCUGGAAGUUAGCCGAGAGGAGGAGGAAGAGGAGGAGGAGGAGGGGAUACCUGCUGUGUUUUGUUUUGCAGUUUUGUUUUGUUUUUUAUAAGAGGAGUCUUUUCUUCUUCAGAGUCAUGCAGAGCAACAGCAGCGGCUCCGGAUCUCUGAGCGCUCUGAGUGUGUGCGGAGGAGAAGAGGACGAGCGCGAAAUCUCUAAACUUAUCGGUCCCUCGGGAUCAGCGUCUAAUCUCGCAGCUUUGAACCUCUCACUGAACUGCUGGCUCCACAUCCUGUCCAAGGAGGAGUCCUCGCUGGACCUGCACGCAGACAGCGCAAACCUGGCAGUCCGAAUCGUCAUUGCCCUGGUCUACCUGGUGGUGUGUGUUCUGGGGCUUGUGGGUAACCUCUUGGCACUCUUCCUGCUCCACUCCCGCCGCCGGGGUCACCACCACUCUUCCAUCGACUGCUUUGUGAUGAGCCUGGCACUGACGGACCUCCAGUUCGUCCUCACCUUGCCCUUCUGGGCCGUGGACACGGUGCUGGACUUCCGCUGGCCCUUUGGCCGGGUCAUGUGCAAGAUUGUGAGCUCAGUCACCACUCUGAACAUGUACGCCAGCGUCUUCUUCCUCACCGCCAUGAGUGUGACCCGUUACCACUCCCUGGUGACCUCUCUGAAGAUGGGCAGCCCCAGGAUCGCCACAACUCGUGCCAAAUGGGCCAGUUUAACCAUUUGGGUGGUGUCACUGGUGGCUACACUGCCUCAUGCUUUCUACUCCACCACAGUCCAGGUGUCUACGGACGACGAGCUGUGCUUGGUGCGCUUCUCUGACUCUGAUUCAGGCCACUGGGAUCCUCAAGUCCUGCUUGGACUCUAUCAAACACAGAAAGUCCUCCUGGGAUUUGUAGUUCCCUUGAUUAUCAUCUCUGUGUGCUACCUCCUCCUCCUGAGGUUCAUCCUGAGCCGCCGCACUGUGGGCAGUGUGAUCAGCGCAAGUGUCACCGAGAGGUCAGAGUGUGAGAGAGGACGUCACCGCCGCCGCUCCAAAGUCACCCGCUCGGUCACCAUUGUAGUCCUGUCCUUCUUCAUCUGCUGGCUGCCCAACCAGGCGGUCACACUGUGGGGGGUGCUGAUCAAAUUUGACUUGGUGCCCUUCAGCAAAGCCUUCUACAACGCCCAAGCCUACGCCUUUCCCCUGACUGUGUGCUUAGCUCAUGCAAACAGCUGUCUCAACCCGGUGCUCUACUGCCUGAUCCGAAAAGAGUACAGAGCUGGACUGAAGGAGCUCCUGCUGAGCGUGUCGCACUCUGUCCGAAAUGUCCUCACUCUGGCUCUGAGAGGGAGGAGGGUGGAGGAAGCACCACCCAGCCUGGUCAUGAUACACAAAGACAUCAAUAUAUGAUUUAAACUGUGAAAAGAAAAGUUUGACAUCUUGGGAAAUACAUUUGUUUUUCACUGACAGUUACAUGAAGAGAGUGAUGCCGCUCUUAUUUUUGAAGGCAAAAUAUGAAACUAGAACCAGUAGCAGAUUAGCCUAGCUUAGCACAAACACUGAAAACAGAGGAAACAGUCAGUCUGGCUCUGUGCAAAGGUGAUUAAAUUUGCCUACCAGCACCUCUAAUGCUCACUAAUUAACAUGUUACAUCUCAUUUGUUUAAUCAGAGCAAAACCAAAGUGAAAAAAAAAAGACUAAAUCAGUUUUAUAAACAGAUUAAAGGUCCCAUAUUAUGCUCAUUUUCACAUUCAUACUUCUAUUUGGGGUUUUUACUAGAACAUGUUUACAUGCGUUCAUGUUCUUAAAACAAAUUAUUCCCUCAUACUGUCUGCCUGAAUAUACCUGUAUUGACCUUUUCUCUAUUGUAGCACCUGUCUCAUUAAACUGCCCCACUUGAAAAAGCCCAGUCUGCUCUGAUUGCUCUUCCUGAAUCUUCCACAUCUGCACUCUUGGUGUCUCCGUACUGUCAUUACACCUGGGGAAUGACUAUAACGGCACUGUAGCGGCAGUUUCUACCUUUAUGUGGUAUAGUUGUGACAUCACAACUUCACAAAAGUUCUGGCGGCUCAUUUAAAGGCACAGUUUCUGAAUUUGGACUGCGAGCAUUUCUCUGUGGAUUACUUGGGAUACUUUUGCAGCAUUUAUGUAGCACCUAAACCUUCUUAAUAAUAAAAAAAGACAUGGACAUUUGAUUUAAACGAGGUAUAACAUGUUAAUAAGUGAGAUUUAGAAGUGCUGGUUGGUUGAUUUAAUUCCCUUAAUACAGAGUCAGGUUAGUUGUGUCCUCGUUUCCAGCAACAACCUCUGGAGCUGAAAGACGAAACUAACUUGAAAGUGCCAUAAACUGCAGUUCCUAGAAUGGCCACAUGGGGCUGGCUCCAAAAGCAAGUCAAUCCCUAUUCAGAGGCAAAGUCCUUAUGGGACCUUAUGCCCGAAAAAAUAUUGAUGGUAGUGAACGGAAAGAGUCAAAUAAUAUUUUUUUAUCCUCGAAAAAUAAAAAUAAAGAAAUGACCAGUUGCUCGAUAUCUACAAAUGUACAUUAAAACCUUGUGUCGGGUGCUCAUGGAGAACGGGACACAACAGGAUCGACAGGAAGGCAAUCCAAAAAAAUGAAUAAAAACGAGGUAGGAAAUAUUAAAAAGCCUUUGUAGUUGUGGCUAAGUCAUUAAAAGAGCCAACAUGUUUCAACCACUGCCGGUCUAUGUCAGGGCUUUCCAAAUAACUUCUUCCCUCGAGUAGCCUACUUGGAUUGCCUUCCUGUUGAUCCGAUUUUUGUAUCCUGUUGGAACUAUGCCAUAAAUUACAUGUAUGAAGUCAAUUAAAAGAUAAUUUUGCAAGUCAAAAAAACUAACAAAAUCACAGUGUGUCAUAGGACUAUUUAGUUUGUGUGAAACUUUGCAUGGUACUCGACACCUACACCAGCUAGCUAGCUAACUUAGCUAUGGUUCAUGCACAAAUGUAACUUUAUCUUACCUGCUGUGCUUCAUCAAGCGACUUCUGAACUUUUUAUCAGCUGAGAAGUAAAAGAACGAGUAAGACCAGUGGUCUAGCGGUGGUUAAUGAUGUGGGUGAACUACCAGAUAGAUGGAUAGGUUACUGAAGAGAAAGUGGGUAUAGAGUGCCCAAGGAAUGAGUCCUGAAGCCUGGAAAUGAGUUAGCAUUUUAGCACUCACGGCUCCCUUGUCUCAAAGUCAAUGACUGUUUUGUUAGACACCUAGAAUAAGGUCUGUGGUUAACACAAGCUUAAGAGACUUUCACGUUUUGUUCUACGACAUUAAAUACAUCAAAUACCCCACUCGUGAACUAUGAAGCUUUUAUGUGUCUUAAAAAAUACUGUUGCUAGCGAGUGGCUAAGUGAGAGAACAGAACGCCAUGAUAAAAUGCCUAACUUUACAGCAGGAAUAAACAGCCUGGUACAUGAAAUGGUUUUGGUCUCUGUAGCCAAUUUCCUCAUUCAUGACCAUUUAAUCCAAAUUUGGUCACUUCUGGAUCCGAAUAAAUCCAAGAUGGCAACACAGGAGUCCACAAACAUCAUGACAUCAUGGUGGCUAUGUUUAUUAUUUUUAUACAGUCUGUGGUUGCCAGUUUUUGUGCUAAGCUAAACUCACCUGCUACUGCUAGAUAUUUAGCAUACAAACAGUGUUAUCCAUCCUCUCAACUCAAAGUGUAAUUCUUAAAAUGUCAAACUUUUCCUUUGCGACGAAAGGAAUUGUUCCUUUAUGGAUGUGCCAUAUUUUCUUUGGUGCCAUUUUUUAUAAUCAUGUUCCUGUGUGACACUGUCAACCCUCUGAAUUUAUUUCAGCUCUCAGACUGGACACACACAUUUCAGCAUCCUCAUCCUUCGCAGACAAAUCUGAACAGCUAUGUUUAAGCUUUUUUAUUAUUAUGCACUUUCUGUGAAAUAUGUCACUUUGGAAGUUAUUUUCCAGGUGACAAGAACAUUCCUGAAAAUAAUCAAACCCUCAAAUGUGCCAGCUCUUAGUUACACUGCAGGCUGAUUUCUUAUUUCUUUUCUUAACACAUUCAGGUGAAACACAGUGUGAUGUUUUAUUAGUUCAACCUGUAAAAUGAUUUUUGUACUUUGCACCUCAAACACCCACACAGGCAAUCACGACGACUGUAAGAUUGUUACGUCUUAAUUAGGAUUGAUGUGUUUAAUAUUUGUGUUUAUUGUUGCUAACUCAACCAGGACACCACAGUCGAAUCUAGCAUGAAACUGUUGUCCCCUGUCAUGUCUCUUGGUGUCUGCCUUGCUGUACUGCUGUGAACUGUUUAGUAAUUACAUGUGUGUAACGCGACAAUAAAUAAAA